UUCAUUGUUGUACACCAUAGACCAUAUGUGAUAACAUUUUCUGGUACUUGCUUCUCUCAUAGUUCCUAUCAUUCCAUUCCCACUUUCUCUCUAACCUUUUUUUCUGAAACAAACUAGCUAGCUACGUACGGAAGUGAAGUGAAACAUGGCUGAACUUGUGAUCGGUGCUUUUCUCUCUGCUUCCUUUGAACUUUUGCUGCAAAAGAUUGCUUCUCCUUAUGUUGAGAAGCUCCUCUUAAAUGGAGAAAAUGAAAGUUCUGUUAAAGAGAGGCUUUUCAAGUUGCAGUCAACCUUCAACACUCUUGCUGCAGUUCGCUUUGAGGUGGAGAACAAGAGAAUCAAAAACCCUUCUGUGGAGAAGUGGCUGGACGAUCUUCUGGAUGCUGUUGAUGACGCUGAGGACUUCUUUGGCGAUAUUGAAUACGAUGCUAUGAAACCCAACAAAGCUGAUGAGUCAAAGAAAGAGAAAAGAAAGGCAAUUAGUAAGUUACUCUCUUGUUUCUCUAAACCUUCUACUUCAACUGAGCGUGUAAGGAAUGCAAAUAUGGAGGAGAUUCUCAAGAGGUUGGAGUACUUAGCCAAUCAGAUUGGAAUCUUGGAUCUUGAAAAGAAUGUUGUCGAGGUGCAACCAUCAGGAAGUUCACGUGUGAAGACUUCUCUACCAGAUGAACCUGAACUUUAUGGUAGAAAGACUGAUGAAGAUGCUUUAAUGAUGUUGUUGAUGUCGGAUGAAGAUGGUAGUGAGAAGAUAUGUGUCAUUCCCAGCAUGGGUGGGAUUGGGAAAACUACCCUUGCUCAAACACUUUUCAAUGAUGAACGAGUGAAGAAGAAGUUUGAAUCUAGAGCCUGGGUGUAUGUUUCAGAUAAAUUUGAUUCCACGGCUGUGACAAAAAAUCUCCUUCAAGAAUUAGCACCGAGUGAUGCUGGUAAUGACAUGACUUUAAAUUUACUUCAAGUUAACUUGUCAAAUAAGUUAAUGGGAAAGAAGUUUUUGAUUGUCUUAGACGAUGUUUGGGAAGAUGAUUAUGCUCAGUGGACAGAAGUGAUGAAGCCUUUCAAUGGUGGGGCAAAAGGCAGCAAAAUAAUAGUAACAACAAGAAAUGAAAAAGUUGCAGAUAUCAUUAGAACUCGAACUAUUCACACACACCAUCUUAGAGAAUUAUCAGAAGAUGAGUGUUGGAAACUAUUUUCAAAGCACGCAUCUUGUGGAAAUCCUGAAUUAGAAUGCAUCGGCAGAGAAAUCGCUAGAAAAUGUAAUGGUUUGCCUUUAGCUGCCAAAGUUCUUGGAGGCCUCUUGAGAUCAACUGAUAAUGCUGAGAAAUGGAAACAAAUAGCCAAUAGUAAUCUUUGGGAGCUCCAAGAUAAAAGGAGCAGGAGUCUUCCUGCUGCAUUAGAAGUAAGCUACUUUUAUCUUCCUCCACACUUGAAAGGGUGUUUUGCUUAUUGUUCAAUAUUCCCAAAAGGCUAUGAAUUUAAAAGAGAUGAGUUGGUGUUAAUGUGGAUGGCCGAAAGUCUUGUGCAAUAUUCCAAGAGGAAUAGGAGAAUCGAAGAAGUUUGUUGUGAGUAUUUUGAUGAUUUAGUAUCUUUUUCAUUUUUGCAACCGAGUAAAUGGGGGGUGUCUUGUUUUGUUAUGCAUGAUCUUAUAGUUGAUUUGGCUAGAACUAUUUCUGGAAAAUACAGUUGUUUGUUGGAGCAAACCGACAGCAUUGAUAGGCUUGAGGAGAAGACACGUCACCUUGGAUGUGUUAGGGAACUUUAUAAUGAUAAUAAGAUAGCUAGCUAUGAUUUUGGAGCUACACGUUUGCGAACCUUUGUAACAAUAUUAGGUUCAAGUUCAUCCAAAAUCGGUUUUUCCAAGGCAGCAAUGCAGAAUUUUCUAUCUAUGUUGAAAUGUUUGAGAGUUCUAUCUUUUCGUGGUCUUUAUAUGUUUGAGUUCCCUGAUUCAAUUGGUGAAUUAAAACAUCUUCGCUAUUUAGAUCUUUCUCAGACUGGAAUUGUGAUUUUACCCGAAUUUGUAACUAAAUUGUACAAUUUGCAAACAUUGAAAUUAGGAUAUUAUGAUUGUCUUCAAACUCUGCCUAAAGAUAUGCAUCACCUCAUUAAUUUGAGACAUCUUAUUAUUGGUGGAGAUAACGUAUUUGAGAUGCCAUGUCAAAUAAGUAAAUUGACGAAUCUCCAAUGGUUGACAACUUUUGUUGUGGGGAAGGAUAGUGGCGCUAAAAUAGAAGAAUUGGCAGAACUUCAAAGUCUACAUGGAGAGCUUUCCAUAAAGAAGUUAGAAAAUGUGGCAAACAUUACAAAAGCACUGGAUCAAGUUAUUGUACUAGAGAAGAAGCAACUUGAGAAAUUGCAGUUGGAAUGGAGUGAUAAUGUUGUUGUUGAUCCAAAACAUGGAGAAGGUGUUCUCGAAAUGCUUUCACCAAACACAAUGUUGAAGGAGCUCAAGAUUAAUUUCUAUCCAGGCACAAAAUUUCCAAAUUGGGUUGGUAAUGAUUCGUUUAGCAACAUUGUUGAAGUAACUCUUGAUAGGUGUAAGCGUUGCUCCUAUUUGCCACCCUUUGGCCAACUUCCUUUGCUAAAACAUCUUUCCAUCUCAGGAUGCAAUUCGGUAGUGACGGUGGGUGCUGAGUUUUACGGGAAUUGUUCUGUGAGAAAGCCAUUUUCAUCAUUGGAAACAUUAAGGUUCAGGGAGAUGUCAUCAUGGGAGCAAUGGAAUUCAAUGCAAACUGAAGAGGCAACAACAUAUGGGAAGCUCAAAACACUUGAGAUUAUUGGCUGUCCUAAGUUCGAGGGAGAUUUGCCUCGCUUCCUUCCUUCAUUGAUAAGGAUUGAUAUUAGAGAAGACAAGCAGUGUCCAUUAUUAAGUCUCCCGAGACUACCAUGUGUCACAGAAAUGUUUAUUUGGAAGUUGGAGAAUUCAGAGUCAUUGUACGAGGCAAUAAAGCCAACGAAUCCUUGUUCCACUCUCACUCCACUCUACCAUUACCCUCCUCUUCAACACCUGACUUUGUCCAAUUGUGGAUCAUCGUUUAGAUCCCUCCAUAUGGAUUUAUUUCCCAAUCUCAAAACUCUUGUUAUUGGUUCCAGCGACUACUUUGAAGCUAUGACAGUGUCAGAUGGGAAAUCUCUGGAGGAACUAACAUCUUUAUCUAUUGAUAGUUGUGAUAGUUUUGUAUCAUUCUCAAAUGGUGGACUUAUUGCUCCCAAGCUGAGUGAGUUGAAAAUUAGAAAAUGUCCUAAAUUGAAGUGGUUGCCAGAGAAGAUGACUUCCCUCUCUGCUUUGAAGGAGUUGACAAUCAGAUAUUGUCCGUUGAUAAAGAGUUUCCCUGAAGGUGAAGGUGGUCUGCCUGUUAGUUUGUGUGAGCUUAAUACAUCGUAUGAUGAACUUUUGAGGAUGAAAUGGAAUUGGCAAACAUUACCCCAUCUUACCACUCUAUUUAUUGAUGGAGAUGGAAUAGAAGAAGAUGUGGAAUCAUUCCCCAAGGAAGGGCUACUGCCUACCACUAUUACCGAUCUUGAAAUCUGGUCUUUUAGAAGACUUAGAGGGCUGGACAAAAAUGGGCUUACACAACUCACCUCUUUGCAAGUACUUCGCAUCUUCAACUGCCCUGAGUUGGAGACAUUGUCAGAAGAAGGGUUUCCAACCUCCCUCACCUCUUUGGAAAUCUACAGUUGUCCUCUGGUAAAGAAAAAGUACUCUCGUGGGAAUGAGGAGUACUGGAACAAGAUUAGUCACAUACCCAAUGUCAGAAUCGUAUGAUGAGGUUGCAUUUAGGACAUAUAAUCUCAGGAAGGAAGGAGGUAGCUUCCAUGGCAUGACACAAGCAGUGUUGUGUUGGUGUUAGUAUUCAUCUGGUUUUUCUGUUAUUAUUGUUUAUUAUAUAUGAUGUUUCACAUGUUUUCUUUCUUUAUAUUAUAUGGUUGUUGAGUUGUGUAAUUACACUUGUAUCUUGUAUUGUAUUGUAUUUAAUUAAGUGAGGGCUGUCACAUAAUAAACUUGGCAACACCUCACUCAUCAUGGACUCAUCUCUUCUCUUC